AGUCCUUUAUUAGGCUAAGCCAGAUUAACAAUACACAUUGCAUUGGCCAAGUCAAGAAAUUUCAUUUAUUAUGAAAUUAUUAACUACUAAAUACAUGUAGGCCUAUAGCCUACAAAUUGUUUGGUUGUGUCACACAACCCUUUGUGAUGUUUAAUAAGUUAAAGACUACCAGCAAAUUCCCGGACGCUGUAGCAAACAAGCAAACCUUAUUUAAGUUAUCAAGAUGGACUUAACACAUUUCCUGAAUUUUCCGAUUUCCUGUUCGACUUUCAAAGGGAGAGGAAGUUCAUUAAAAAGUUUUACUGCAUUGAAGUGGAUGUUUUUCUGAAAGAAAGUGGUUGAAUGAGUGUUGUGAAAAGAUUGAAAUUGUUGCGGAGAGGAUUUAACUAUGGAUACUUUGGAGAGCUAUAUGAUGAUUGGUUUUUCUUAAUAAAUGAUAAGCUUAUGUUUCUAAAAUGUAAAUGGAAGGGAAAGUUAGAACUUUAUGUGAUCUGAAAACGUCUUUGCAGGAUUGACGACGGUGAAGGGAAAAAAAGUUUGGAGAGCCUUUUUUGGAGCUUGAAUAUAAACUGAGUCCUUUGGCUUUCAAACCCCCAGACAGGUACAGCAUAUGUCAGAUAAGGAUAAACAAGGCCAUAGUAGGCUGUCAAGAUAACCUCAGACAAAACGGUAUGUUUAAGAGUGCGGAGCAUGAAAAUCCCUACAGAUCGUGUUUGAAACGUGAUCGAUAUGCUUGUGAAAUUUGAGGUUCUCGUCAAAAAUUAAACCAAGGAACUUUACAUCUAGGGAGGGGUAAAUAGUGGUAUCAUCAAGAAGAACGUGUGUGUCAGUGUCAGUGGAUGUGCGAUGCUGAGAAAUGCUAAAUUGAAGUAGUGUGGUAUUGUUGGCAUUCAAGAUUGUUAUACUAAACUGCAUUAAAUGUGGCUUUGACAUGUUACAGAGUAUUCAACGUUUAACUGCAGCUCCCCUCUGUUAAAGUACAGUUUGCAAUGUUGGUGAGGAAAUGUUUCAAACAAAUAGUUUCUCUUGCCUCCUAUUCAACUUCCGCAAGUGCUGUGACCACUAAAAUGAUUGAAGAGCGUGGAGUCAGGACGAUUACAUUAAGCAACCCCAAAUCACGGAAUGCCUUGUCUCUCUCCACCAUCAACGAGCUCAUCGGCCAUGUGACAACAGAUGUGGAAGACAUCAAACUAAGGUGCAUUGUAAUCAGAGCUGAAGGACCUGUUUUCUGCUCUGGUCAUAACCUCAAAGAAUUUGACCUCAACUCCACACAACAGCAGCACCAGAGGCUAGUGUUCUCACAAUGUUCUCAGCUGAUGUUGGACAUAGUGUCAUGUCCCGUGCCUGUGGUGGCUGUGGUAGACGGACUGGCCGCAGCAGCUGGGUGUCAGCUGGUAGCUCAGUGUGACAUUGCCAUCUGCACACCUCACAGUUCCUUCUCUACACCAGGAGCUAGUUUUGGAUUAUUCUGCUCGACUCCUGGUAUCCCAGUGGCUCGUAGUGUCAGUCGCAAGAUGGCGUUACGCAUGUUGCUGACAGGGCUCCCAAUCACAGCGGAGGAGGCUUAUCAAGCUGGUCUUGUGAGCAAGGUCGUACCACAGGAGAGUUUGGAAACGGAACUAAAGAUCAUAACAGAUUCCAUUGAGUCUAAAAGUAGGACAGUGAUAUCAUUGGGAAAGAAAUUCUUUUACAAGCAAGUUGAAACCGAUCUUCAAACCGCCUAUAGGAUGGGGGAAGAUGUAAUGGUCAGCAAUAUAGCUCUUGAGGAUGGUCAAGAAGGCAUCAAGAGUUUUAUUGAGAAGAGGAAACCUAGUUGGAAACAUGCAUCUGUAAAAUAACUUGCAUGUUUAUAAUAUUGAGAAAAUUAUUACCACUAAGGGAGGAUAGCAUGUGAAUUUUGACUGUGCCUUCAAUAUACUGUAAGUUAGGUAUCUCAUUUCUUUCACAUUUAUUUAAGGAAUGAUAUUUGAUGCUAACAUAAUAUUGAAAAGAAUUUUUUUAAAUACAAUACUUCACAUCUUUUUGUAGGAUAUUGACAACCAUUAUUUUUAAAUAUAAAAAUCUUUACAGGUGUA